ACACCCCCCCUCCGCCCCCCUGGGCGGUGGCGAUUCUGUCACAGUCGGUGCCAGGGAGCGGCCACUGUGACCCACGGGGCUGCGAGCGCAACAAAGGCUGCCAAGCUCUGGCCGUGCGUCAGUGCGACCUGGCAAGAGUUGUCAGAGGAGCGUGCAGAGGAGUAAGCCCAGCGCUGCCGGAGCAGGAACUCUGCAAGUGCUCGCUGUCGACGUGCGCCAUGUGCUCAAGGACGUGGGGGGCUCCCAUCUUCAGGGAGCCAGCGUGCAUGCUGUGCGGCCAGACAGAUGCCGACCCGGACAUCUGUGGGUCCAAGCAGCUGGACUUUGGGAUGUGUGCCCAUGCGUUCUGUAUGGCAUUUUCCAACGGCCUUUUCCAGCAGGCCACAAUAGUGGGCAGAACUGCAGAGGUGUCCCCUGAAGACGUCCAACGCGUAGUCCGGGAGGCAGAGCGGAAGCACUGCUUCAUCUGUGGCGAGACGGGGGCCCCCAUCACCUGUGCAGAGGCGGGCUGUGAACACAGUUUCCAUCUCCCCUGCGCCCGGGAGGGUGACUGUGUCACCCAGUACUUUGGAGAGUACAGUUCAUUCUGCCAGAAGCACAGCCCUAAGCAGGCUGCGGAGGUGGCUCCAGCGCAGGAUACCAACUGCAUUAUCUGCAUGGAGCCAGUGGGGGACAAGAAGUCCUACCACACCCUGGUGUGCCCAGCCUGCAAACACGCCUGGUUCCACCGGGCCUGCAUCCAGGGACAGGCCAUCCGUGCAGGCGUUAACUGCUUUCAGUGCCCCCUCUGCCGAGAUGCGGAUGCCUUUCUAUCCGACAUGCUCGUCAUGGGCAUCCGAAUCCCUCUCAGCGGACCAAUGUGGGAGGACGGCAACGCAUACGCAUCGCUGGGAUUGAGACACGGGCGCUGCGAUGCCAGCGAGUGCCUUUCCCCACAGGGCAGGGGGCAGGCAGAGGAAGAGGGGCCCUGGGAGCUGCUCCUGUGCAGCUCCUGUGCUGCGGAAGGCACUCACCGGCGCUGCUCCUACCUGAGCAACAACGCAGACGCUUGGGAGUGCAAAGCCUGUGCUGGCAUGGGCACCGCCUCCAGUGUCAUCUCAGAGGUCACCGGCCCCAGCACCGCCAGCCAACGUGGUCUGCUGCCAUCCCACGGCUCCACAGCACCCGAGAGCGGCAGCUCCAGCACAGCCAGCCCGGCACCAUCAGGGCCGGUUCACAGCUCCCAGGUGCCUGAGAGCGGCAGCCUGUCCAGCCAGCUUGGGACAGGCCAUGGGGAUGAUGACAUCUACAAUCAUCCCCAACGUUGCCGUGGGAGCAGCCGAGCUGCGGCUCCAUCGGGUGCUGCUGAUAGAUGCACCCCAACAUCUGCCAGUCAAAGGGCAUCGCUGUCCUCAAGGGCUUCCCUGGCAGUUGGCAGCCGCAGGUCCAGACAGGGAGAGCGGACUCGGACACGAAGCCGCUCUCCAAUACAAUCUCAGGCCCCGGAUUCCCACAGCCAUCCCCAAAGGUGCUCCAGGAGGAGCCGUGCACCAGCUCCAAGGGCUGAGGGUGGCUCCCAGCUCAACACCAGACGGGGAGCACUGGGGUCUUCAAGGGAUUCCACCGCGGCUCAUCAGAGAAGCCAGUCCAGGCAGCGUGAGCAGGCCCGGGCAAGAAGCCGCUCCCCUGUGGGCCGUGGGCCUGCAGAAUCCCGGGGCCAGCUCCAAAGACACCACAGGAGCCAGUCCAGGCGAUGAGGGCCGGCCCAGGUGCAAAGCUGCUCCUGGGCUCGUCAGGCUGAGAACACCCACAGCCGGCCCCAAAGGUUUCUCGUGAGUCGCCGGAUGCGAGCCCCGCGUGCUGGCUCUGGUCCUCAGAGGCCAGCACAAUAAAACUUAGAGAUCUCAUAGACAUUUGUCAGUGUUGUUCUUCUCUGCCUUUCCCAAGGUGGGAUGCAGUCAGGGCCGGAACCACAGGGUAGUCUUCUCCCUAGCACUUAUGCCCCUCUACCAUCCUUCCCUUUGCGUGGCUCUACGCAGAGCUGGGUUCCAACUCCAUUGGGGCUCAACAUCUCCUAAUGCCCACAGGCCAAGGCCGUGCUAGCACGGGCAGCCCUGUUCUGGGGGUGUUUCUGGCCUUGGGGCAGCCUCUGCGUUCAGAGCGUGCAGGCAGCCUCCCCCACCAGCCAUCUGUGGGCUGGGCCAGGACCUGCCUGGGCUCUCCUCCUGCACUGCUGCAGCGCCAGCAGGUCCGAGUAGAGGUUCUGCUUUGGGGAUGCUACAGCGCAUCAACUGCCUGAACCACUAAUUUCUAUCCCAAAGUCCUGUAGGCCCCUUGCAGGUACUGGAAGGUCGCUAUGAGGUCCCCCCGGGCGCCUUCUCCAGGCUGAGGAGCCCCUACUUUCUCAGCCUCUUCUC